AUGUGUGUCAAGGAUAAAAACAGUGAUCCAUUCAACGUGGUUGAAGGCAAGGGCUGCGAAAAGAAACUGGUCAUUACGAAAUCUGUUUCGGCUGAACAGGUAGGAAUUCAUGUUUACCGAACUGGUGUUUAAUACCAACGUUACGGCCAACAGCCAUAUAAGGCUGCGUUCAGACUGGGUGCCCGGCGCUGGCGCCCGUCACUUGUUUUGGCGCCUAGUUUGAACAUGAUGCUUCCAAAUGAAAUUGGGCACAGUGCCCAAGAAAGGGCACUACCUCUCUAGAGGUAGUACUCAACAACGGCACUGUGCUCAACAUGUUUUGUGAACAAUUUUGAACGUUGGGCACCAGUGCCGGGCACUCAGUUUGAACCUUAAAACAAGACAGCCACAUAUAAGAAUUAACAUUUCUGACGCUUGUAAUUCCUGGGGGACCUCAUCUGAAGCACGGCAGCGCCUGGUGAAUUUCGGUUUAUAAUUUACACAGUACAGUUUCAAGACAAGAACUGUCCAUGCAGGCACAAUAUUGAUGAGAAUUCAUUUCCUUUUUAUCGCAGAAAGAAUCAGAACUGAUUUAUGUGAAUGUAAGCAAGGUUCAAGAUGACGUCAAUCGUGAUGAAGCAAGACUUUAUAAUCCUUUCAUCAUCACAGUUACUGCAUCACCCAUGCACAUUGUUUAUCCUUACUAUCUUAUUGGAGUAAGUGGAUUUUUGAGCUGGAUGGAACACUAGCUCUGGUUAUACUGGAUAUCUCUUUCAGUUCUAAACUGUUCUCCCUAGAGCCCCAAUAAAGGUCAUCUAUUAUCCAGAAACCAACGUUACACACGUAGAAACGAGCAAGUUAUUACAGAUCUGAAAACAAGUUGCAACAACCCAGCGGGCACACGACGUUGUUUCAACGUUGAAAUUUGGUAGAAAAAAGGUUGCGACGUCGACAACCUAAUAUCUACGUUGCUCUGACGUUGUUUUACAAACAUUGGUUCAACAGCAGCCAACAGACGUUGAAUUAACGUUCAUUCAUAGUUAAAUGUACGACGUCGAUUUGUGAACCAAUCUCAACGUUGUUUUAACGUGGAUUCAACGUUGAAUUAUGGUUGACGAGAAUGGCAACCUAAUUUCAACGUUGUUUCAACGUCGAAACAGUAACGUCGAUCCAAUUUGCAUAGUCAACCCUUUUUCAACGUCUAUCCAACGUCUGGAAGGUCAUUUCCAACGUUGAUUCAACGUUGGAUAUACGUCAUUUUGCCCGCUGGGAAGGUUGUUGACAAGCCGAUAUCGCAUCACCUUGUUACAAGGUUGAUGAUGGUAACAGACUUGCCACAAGUUGUUCUAACAAGUCUAAUACAUGCUGUUCGUAACAAGUUGCAACGAGCUUGUUGUCAUCAACUUGUUACGUGCAGACGAUAUCAGACUUGCUGGAACAACUUGUUGCGAGUCUAUUGGUAUCAUCAACCUUGUUACAAGAUGAUAACAACUUAUUCCAGACUUGUCAACAACUGGGAAGAAGCAGGGCGGACACAUCUUGUUGACAAGCUGCGUGAUUUUACGUGUGUACGUGUAGGUUGCUGUCAGUCAAAGACUCAAAGUGAUGUAGUAAUCUUUGCUGCAUAGUUGUUUUAUUAAUUCAAACAGACGGUGAACAACAAGCCGUACGAGACAUCGAAACGAGAAUAUUGGUGUCAAGAUGGUGCAGAAACUUCUGAUGCGGAUGAUUUUUCUUGUCAAAUGCAGUAUGACAUAACUACUGGAGAGAGAAUCUGGGAUAGUCAGGUUGGUCUGAGGUUGACCUCUCGAUGAGAUGGUAUACAAGCCAUCAUUAUUAACAUAUAGUGCAACAAAACUUAUUUAGAAUUUUAUGUUUUCUGGUUUGUCCACCUUCGAGAAAUAUGGCUAAGAAACAACAUUUCCUGGUUUGUCUACCUCGAGAAAUAUGGCUAGGAAACAAUGUUUCCUGGUUUGUCCACCUCGGGAAACAUGCAUGGCUAGGAAAUAAUAUUUCCUGGUUUGUCCACCUUUGGGAAACAUGGCUAGGAAAUAUUUUUGCAGCAAUAGUUCCGCAGCAAUCUAUAGUUCAAACCCGUAUUAUUCCAGGGUUUUUGCUGUCGUUGUUCAUUUAUGGAAGAUUUUCAUGACACUCAAGGAGGGCGCUAUCAUCGAGGGGAUACCGUGUGUGGCAACACUUGGCAUAUUCCGUUGUUUCAUCAGUUAUUUAAAAACAAGAAAAGACAAAGUGCUCACUGUAUGAACUAUGAUAAACUGUGGUAUAAUGUUCACAAGAUUGGCCUCUAUAAGAUUUGGUUUAAGGUGAGAUUAUUUUGCCAAGCAGGCAUAACUCUUAGCAUAGCAAUAAUGCCAUUCACUUACGAUCCAGUGAUUGAAAUCAAUGUUUUCAAAAUCCAACUAGUCACUCAUUGUUUUGCAUUAGCAUUUACGCAAAAGUUUAUUCACGCUAGAUUUCGAUACGCCAGAUGUGGAUAAAAUAGAAAGGAAGCCUAUAGUAACACUUUUUGCGUUCUUUUCAAAGAUUUUUGUGAAAGCAUAUGAUUUGGUGGAGGAGGAAAGAGAUGGGAAAAGAUAUCAGAAGUUAAUUGAUGGUGGUCAGAUUGAGUUGAGUAAUUUUAAAACAUCUGGUCAUGGUGUUCACGGAAGGGUAAGUGUCGGUAGGUUUCUGUUCUGGUGGUCAACUUCACAUAUGUUGACAUUUGUAAGAGCAAGAAAAUUGAAUUAAAUCUCUAAAAUUCAGGACUACUAUACAUAUAAUGACAAGAAUCAACAUUAUUUCAAUAUCACUGUGAUUACUGCCACUUGACUACCGCAUGUUGUACGAUAAUAGAGAGGUUCAGAUUUGACUUCCACUAUCGCUACCUCUCCCCUGGCUUAGUACGCAUCUGAUUGGCUAAUUGGAUAUAUCAAGCGCAUCUGAUUGGUUAAUGGUCGCUUAAUGGUAGCGGUAUACAGUGAAACCUUCCUAUUAUACUGGCAUUGUUGUACUGUUUGCCAGGCUGUACGCAUGGUUGGAAAGCUCAUAUCUUUAUCAAUGUGUUUUUGUUAGUUGCUGGCUUCGAUGGUUGGAAUGUUCGAGACAGACACACAAAUAUACAGUUUAACAGAAAGAUAUCUGUUUAUCCCAACUGGUGGCUCUGACGUCAACUGGUUAACACAUCCACAAACGAGGGUGAAUUUCAAAUUAUUCAAUUUUCCACUUGAGAAAGUAUAGUAUAUUUUGGUAGCCCAUGGCGAACUAAAACUAAACUAACUUUAUUUAUGCUCAAACUGUUCUCCCUGGUGGUUCGGUAAGGGCUGUCUCUUAUUGUUCCAAUGUUACCAACAGGAGGAAACCUGAUCUAAAAUAACUUUAUGAUUACUAAAGUAUUGUUAGAGGAGGAAGCCUAAAUUAAGCUUGCUUUAUGAUGGGCCAUAUUUCACUCAGUUGUGAUGCGAGGCAACAACCGCGUAAGGUCUUUUUCUACUAGGUAGUUUUCAAACGGCAUAAUAUUUUAUUAAUUAUAGUUAUUUUAAUGUUUUUAAACAGGGACGCCGGAACUGGGGGGUGGUCAGGAGGGGCAGCCGCCCCCGUUGCCCUUUGCCAGAAGGGGGCAUGGGGGGCAAAGGUGCCCUUUCAAUUUAAAGGAUUGCCUUGGCAAAAUAGCGAAUUGUCAGAAAUGUUAGUGCAAUUCUUUUACAAAUUUGCUUCAGAAAACGCAAGAAAUGCAGUCAUCGAGCUUCAAGAAUAGCACAAUCGCCUGGCGGAGAACCCACUCACACCCCUAUCAUCCAAUAAAUAGAAAACAUGAUUAAGCGAAGUUCAACUCCCAAUGUUUUGCAAAUAUCCCUUAGUAUAUAUCAAUUCAAAAGUGCCCUUUCACGAAAAUCUGCCCCCUUGCCUUCACAUCGUUCCGGCGUCCCUGUUUUUAAACAUGUUUUUGCUCAAUUUCUAGUACGGUGCCAGAGAUUUCCUCAUAAUCCCAAGAUCAUAUGUAGCGAUGGACAAUCAGAUACAGUCUUGCAACAAAAUUGGUGUGAGUUUCACAGCAUUUCGAAUGCAGGGCGGUUACGAUGGACAAGGGCCAGGCUGUACACGGAAAAUAGGAUCGUAAGUUCAUCUAUUGUACCAAAAAAGCCUUUAGUGAACCUGUAGGAGUUAGAACUGAUAGAGCCAUCAUGUAUAGGUUAUGCUGGUAGUUGGUUAAGUUUUUCACUGGAGUCAGUAAGUAAUGCUGACUUCUAGAAAGAACAAUUUAGAACUGGUAUAGAGCUAUCUAGAAUAGAUUUAUUGGGGAGAAAAUAUAGAGCUUGGAAAUGUUCAUUUGUUUCAGGUGUCUACUUAACCAAGUAAAAGAUUAUUUUGACACAGACGUGGUAAGUCUUUAGAAAUUUCAUUUUAAAAUCUUAUUUCAAUUAAACCAUUGAUCCGUUUCUGAUAGAUCCAUUUGACCAUUUCUUAGUGCUGUUUCGCAGCUGUUUCUUAGUUCUACAGUCCGUUUAUAUCGUCUGUUAUUUUCCAGAAAAAUCGUGAAAAAGGAAAACGACCACUUUAUUUCCCAGAACGAUAUGGAGUAGUAGAAGGCACGGGAGAGUAUGAUAAGAAAGGAAGCUAUGCCUUGAUUUAUAAAGCAGGAAAAUUGGGCAACAUUAUGAUCAGUUUGGAGAUUAGUGCUGACGAUAUAAUCCUGAUUUAUAACAAGUAGGUAGAAUUCUACAAUAAGCUGCCGUGGUUUGUGUCUGAACUACCUGCAGUACGUUGCUGUGGUUUGGGACUGAAGCAAUCUUUCUCAGGUAAAAUACAAACCACGGCAGCUUUCCAAAACAGUAUAAACUUUUUCUCUAUAGGGCAGGUGGGAUAAUUGUCAAGGCAUUCGCGACUGACUUCGAGUCACUUUCUCAAGAUGGCCAACUUCACGUUAUUGUUCAAAACACCGGACUUGUAACAGCGGAUUACUUUGUAAGUUCUUCGUGUAGUUGUUGUUGUCGUCGUUAAGUUUGUUAAAAGGCUUCUAUACUCUUAACUAGGUCACAAUGAAAUACUGCACACGAGGUAUACAGCGAAGUCCUGAAGUCAGAGCCUCGAUCAAUGCUCAAUCAGUUCACACAUUUACAUUGCAUCUCAGGACAACCAUUCACGCCUCAGGACAGUUUAUGUGUACUGGUAGGCAGCACUCAUCUUGCUUUAUAGUUAGUAGAGGUAUAGAUAGGAGUGUAAAAGUACGCCGGAUUUCGAGGCAUGUACUUUCGUAUUCUUUUUUCUGUUUUUAGUGAAUCUCUGGGAUGCUCGUCAUGGUUUGUUGGACUCUGCCAACAUCACAUUUGAAACAACAACAGCCUGUGUAUGUUUGCAAUCUUGCUCGUGCGCGGUAUGUCUUUUUUAUCCUCCGUGCUGUAUCUUAGUUUUAUCUCUUAGGUAUAUCUCUGUCAGUUCUAAACGGUUCUUCCUAGAGGACCAGUCAUCAGUUAUUGAUCCAGUGUUACCACAGGAGGAAACCUAAACGAACUUUAUUUAUAUUGGAUAACAUCAGUUCUAAACUGUUCUUCGUAGAGGUCCACUUCCAGUGUUACUACAGGAUCGAGGAAACCAAAACCAGUUCUGUUGAAGCAAAUCUUUCUAUUUCUCUUGCAGUGUUUAGGGAAUGCUGACACUGAAAUGUGCAUAAGCGACUUCACACAUGACGUCACCGAUGAAGCCGACCAAUUAGAAAACGUCAAACUGGAAGAAAAGGUGCUAAAAAGGAUGGAACAAAUUUUCGUUUGGGUGAACGAUAAUUUCUCCGCCAUCGUGGAUCUGUUUACGAAACCUUCGUUAUCUCACUGGCUCAAUCUUUGGAUAUUAUUCUCACUUGUGUUUGGUCUUCUCAAAGCGAGGCUGGGCAUGCAACCGGGGGGUGCACCGAUCGCGUAUUUUGGAUGGUGGUGGGAGCAACCGACGGGACAGAAGUUAUUUAUAGAUGGAAAUGGUGAUAGAAUUAUGGGCAGUUACAACAAAGAUGGGGAUUUAAUUGAUCCAACCACGUAAGUCGUCAUUUUAAUAGCACAACAGUCAACAAGAUUGUAUCACGAUUCAGAAAAUUAUUUUCAAAAUUCUUCUGUUCUUCAUGCCAUCCAGUCACUCGAUUGCAUGUUUUUUCCCCUUUUUUCAGAAAGCGGUAUCAAUUUCCCGUGCGUAAUACAAAAUGACUGAAAAACGGCAAAGGGCUAUAUUAUCCGCAUUUUACAACAAUUCGCAACGAAACUUCGGAAUAUUACUAAUUUUGUGAUGCUCUUUCAAGCUGUGAUGAAAUUUUUGUCUAGACUUGUCUAGAUCAAAAUUUUGUUCAUUAGGAUAUUUUGUUCUGGUAGAGCUCACCACUGUAAAGGUGAACAUUUCGGAAGUUUACCACCAUCUGCUGCCCACCAACGUAAAUUUUAAAGUUUGAAUUUGAUAUCAAUUUACGGGAACUUGUAUUUUGAUAUCAAUUUCUAUUUCUCUUUUUUAUUACAGAGGAAAAGUUCUUAAAAGUGAGAAGUUAGUUUUGUUCAUUGGGAAUGUGUUCUUUUUCGUGCUGUUAAUAUUUAUACUCGGUGUUCAUGCGGCCAGAUAUUACAAACUCUGGGAGGAUGAGAACAUGGUGAGAACACGUUUAGAAUUUAUGCAAUAAUUUCGUUUCAUGUUUGUGAUGUUACUCUGAGUGUAUAUCCACACCGGACAAGCUUGAAAAUAUGUCUGAACACGGUGGGAAUCGAACCUAUGACCUUUGGAAUGCUAUCCCGAUGCUCUGCCAACUGAGCCAACACCAACAAAUUUAAUUUCAUGUUUUCAUUUACCAUGCAUUUCUUUCAGAUGGCUGUGUCGUUGUCAAGUGUUGCUUUAACGGAAACUUCUGUUUACAGAAAUUUCACAGACUUUAAAAUUGGAGAGACAUACUUAACGGUGAGUUUUCAACUCACAUAAAUGAAGUUUAUUGAAGUCUUAUUUUAAUUCGUUAAUCUUUGGUGUUUUAUUUUUCAAUUGGUGUAUUUAGAAUCCUGAUGAAAAAUUUAGUCUUGUUGGAAAAUUGGAACGUGUCGGACUUGAAUACAAGUUUAUUAUUGUGGACGCGAUGCAGGUAAAAAGGCAGUAGCGUUUUUGGACCUGUUCAUAUUGUAGCUCAGUAUAGAUGCUAUGAAGUUUGACUUCUUUUACACGAACACACAAUGAUUUUUGUUUUCAUAACCAAAGGCAUACGAUUAACUGGAUUCAUAGAAACACACGCAACACUGAAUUUACAAGACGGGGCUAGAUUAAUAAUCAUUCAUUUUCAAACCGGUUUCAUGAUUCGUCUUUUAGGUUGUGGAGAUUGUUAACGAUGAAAUACUGCUACUGACACCAGCGAUAUCAUUCAAUCCCGAACCUUUCACACAAACAUUCACCGAGACAAGAGCACUUGAAGAAAUCACACUGGAACCUCUGCACGUGUGUCUGAAUGAGGAGCCUGAGUUCGAGUUCUACGACGAUGACCGAAGAGGUUAUGACGUCACUGGAGGUCAUGACGUCAUGAAAAAUCAUGACAUCACCAGUUAUGAUGUCACUGGUGGUUAUGACGUCACCAAGAGUAAUGACGUCACGAGGGGUUAUGACGUAGGUAAAAAUGCGUCUGCAUGUUCAUCGUCCAGCGACCUUCCCCCCGAGCCACCACCGCGGGACUACUCCAAGCAUGACCUUGAAAGUCAGGAGAUAUACGAAGAACCAGUCAUACCAUAUAACAGUCCAGUAUAUGAACUCCAUCCCUCGUUAAUGCGUACCCAGCUUGAAGGGUCAAGUCAUGAAGUCCCACGUCAUGAAGUCCCAAAUGUCGACGAGAAGUUAGACUUUACCAACAGCUAA